UGUUUACAUUUUGGUUUUAAACUACAUAUAUGUUCUGUUUUGAAAGGCAGCGUUACAGCGACAUAAAUUUUGAAUCCAAUUUUUGUGAGAUUGCACAGUGAAUGUAGUGUUCUUGUAUGAAUCUACCUCUCACGGAGUUUAUUUAGUCUUUAUUUUUUACUUUAUUCCGAAAUUAAUAACGACGUCCAAUUCAUAAAUAAUCAAAAUGUGCACUUGUUCUGUGUAUAAUGAAGAAGUUUUCAGUACGCGGACGUUUUUCGUGAAAAGACUACUAAAUGACAUUACUGAUUUGCAGUUUAUUUCUGGAAAUUAAUCCUACUGAUAUUUUGUGGAUACACUCUUGUAAUUCGGAACGAUGCAAUAACCAAAUUGAACAGAACUAAGGUCAAAACAAAGUUGGCCAAUAUGCCAUGAAAGUGUUGUCCAACUGAUAACAUACCCUGGGUUUAAUUCUGUUUUCCGGCAUGUUGUUCCCAGAUGACAUAGAUAUAGGAAUAAUUGCCCGCUGUGUGUCGUUAUGCAUGGUUUGGCAUCUUUACCAGCUUGUCCCCUGUCAUAUGCCCCGUGGGUCCUUGGCUUAGCAUACCCUGGAUAAGCACCACAAAAUGAGUGACGUACCAGUAAGUCCUUUAACUGCCAUCUGUGUCGGGUCAGCGUUCGCCUUUUCGGGCCUGUUUUAUCACUUACACAGGCAAAAGAAACAAGAGAUUAAAAAGCUAUACGAAAUACCAAAAUUUCAGCCCAAUGAAGAAUUGGUAAAGAUUGUAAAAGCGACACCGAAUAAAAACCUGCGGUAUGUCGCAAUUGAAGGAGUGGUUGAGCCGGAGGGAAACCCUUUGGCCAGUCACUAUGUUCCUAGAUGCUUUGGAGUGAUCCAAAAGAUUGUCGUGUCUGAGCACUGGAAGGUGUGGAACCCUCUUACGAGAGUGUGGAAUGUCAGGAAUAUGAACAAGAAGGAGACCAACACUGCAGUGCCUUUCAGCCUGGUGGCUCCAGGGGCAUUCAUAAAUGCUGUGUCAGUUAAGGUCCAGUCACCCAUGGAAGCAGGAGGCUCCUACCUGGAGCAGGUGUACCAGCGUGUGCAGCACGCUAAGAAGGAAUUAGUGGACUUUGUGGUCCAGGAGCUCAGCGGGGAAAAACCCAUGGUCCUGGAAGAGAGGGAAGAGCUGCUGCGCGUGGGGACUGUCUUGACAGGCUUUGGGCAGGUGGUCCUGGAACAUGACCACGUGUUAAUCCUGCAACCUCCCCAUGACGGCCGCCCGUACCUCUUGUUUCCUGGUGACCACUAUAGCUUCAUGCAGAUGCACCACAAUUCUGCCAACAUGUGGAAGCUGCUGUCUGCCGCCUUUGGAAUUACGGGUGCUGCCCUGCUGGCUUGGGCGAUGUAUAGAAGGUACAACACAAAGGAAGAAACACGGAAUACGGACUAGGCCUUGAUACACCCGAGAAGAGUCUGUUGUCACUGAAAUCCCUCCCC